AUGAUUAAGAUUGAAGAGGCAGCUUCUCAGUGCAGAUCCAAUGAAGCAUAUUGUGAAGAUUAUGACAUUGUUGAUGGUCAUGUCUGCUCUUUGGAUUGGCCUCUUGCAGACAUCAGUGAUUCCACACACCUACACUUGGUUGCUACCCAUAUACUCUAUUGUGUCAUUAGGAUGCUACGGCCUACUAAUGGUUGGAGUUGGUCUGAUGCAAUUUCCAACUUGUCCUCAAGAGGCACUCCUGUUGCAUCAGGAUAUUGUCGAGGCCAAGAAAUUCCUAGAACUAAGAGGGGUUGAUGUGGGUUCUGAGUUCUGAUUGAUCCGAGGAUCAAGGUUACUCAUGGUUUGCAUGUAGUAAGAGAACAGGAGAUAUUGCUUUUGGAUUUACUCUAUUAGCAACGAGGUAGUUCAUGGGAGUCGCCCUUGUUGAGGGGAAUUCUUUUCUGUAGAUGAGAAACCAGGAUACAUCGUCAAAUUAGGCAUUGUGGGGACACUUCUCUAUGAUUUUUUUUUUUUUUUUUGUUUUUUGGGAGUUUUGAACUUUGUGGUACGUAGCAAAGCUCUGUCUAUUAGGCAGUGUAGUUUUUGUAAACUCAAAAGACUGUUGGUCGGGCCAUUGGUUUUACUUUCAGACAGCUUCUUAGGAAUAUUUCAUACAGGUACUCCGUUUGCAAAUGACUCACAUUGGUACAAAAUGUAACACAUUUUAUUGUGAGGAAUCAGAAAUAUAUGUAGAAGCAAUGUAUCCUCAUUUUCCC